AUGCGGCGAGGAGGCAGAGCCACCGCAGCAGCAGCAGCAGCAGCCGCAGGAGGAGCAGGAGCCCAAUUAUGCAAUCCCAAACCCAAGCCCACGGCGGGCCAAGAAAUCCGAUUCCGCGGCGUGCGGAAGCGGCCGUGGGGUAGAUUCGCAGCCGAGAUCAGAGACCCCUGGAAAAAGACUCGGGUCUGGCUCGGAACUUUCGACUCGGCGGAGGACGCGGCUCGAGCCUACGAUGCCGCAGCCCGAUCCCUCCGCGGGCCCAAGGCCAAGACCAACUUCCCUCCCCCCACCUCCGCCGCGGAUUACGACAUCAACAAUAAUCACCGCCUCCCUCCUCAUCAUCCUUCUCUCUACGACGACGACACGGUUUGCGAUGUCGUUCAGGCAAGCAGGCCCACCUCCAGCAGUCUCAGCAGCACCGUCGAGUCUUUCAGUGGGCCCCGCCCCCUGCCCAGGCCCACCUCCGAUGCUCAGCUGCAGCGGAGACCCGUGCACCCUGUCCCACCCGAUGACUGCCACAGCGACUGCGACUCCUCAUCCUCCGUCGUAGACGACGGCGAUGAUUGCGUCCUGACGUCUUCGUUUCGGAGAGUCUCACCUUUGCCGUUCGAUCUCAACCUGCCGCCGCCCCCGAUGAUGGACGGCCUCGAUUUAUUCAAAUCCGGUGAGGUUUGUGGUGAUGAUCAUGAUCUUCAAGCCACCGCUUUGUGCCUCUAA